AAUAUGAUUGGCACAGGGCUACAGCUGCUGGAACGGUGAGACAUGGCGGAGUUUGUAGUCUGACAGAGAGAGGCUCUCGAAGAGUUUUUUACACUUGUAAACAUGUCGAAAGAACUUGAUUUCAGGACGACAAUGUCUUCGUAACUUGUGCGUAGCGGAGCUUAAAGAGGCAAAGACGUGUUUUUUUUGUCGGGAAGGACGGAGCGGCGGUUGGAAAAAUGUGUUGUCAUCUUCGUGCAGUCAACAGCCUUGGGCAACAAAUAUGGCUACUUCUUGUGUAUCCUUCAAUUCGGGUUGAAAACCGUCCCAACUGGGUCGAGCGGGAUAGUUUCGGGGAGUUACGACAGUAGUACGAAGUGAAGUUGGAUACCAGAAACGUAAAGAAGCUGGAUUUGUCCCGAAGCUGAUUUUGGUUAAAGCAAAGCGGAGCGAGAUGGAGCCCAAGCAUAAAGAGUUGUUGGAGAAAUGUUACCAGAACUUGGUGGAGUCGAUUACAGAUGCGGACCGAGUUGUGGAUGUUUUGGCUCACUGCGGGACCAUCAGUCAGUCUGAACGCUACGAGCUGGGACACAACUGCUCUUCCAACCCCGAAAAAGUGGACCUUCUCCUGAAGAUACUGAUAAGUAAGGACAGAGACCAUUUCGCAGAGUUCUGCACGGCCCUGGAGAAGACGCACCCUCACCUGCACUCUGUGCUGCUGAAUAGCACCGGACCAGUGGAUCAUAUAACUGGGUCCACUUACAGCAUCUUGUCCACUAUGCCGUCGGACUCAGAAAGCAGCAGCUCUCUCAGCAGCUUAGGUACGUCUGGUCAAGCCUCCUCCCCUCCCCCCGCUCACAUGGACAGCCACCAGGUGAACGAGAAGAUUGAGACGGUUCUGUUCCAGCUCAGACAUGUGACCCGCGAGAGGGACGAACUACGUAAACGUCUGGCUCUCUCUUCACCCGGAACAACCUUCGAUGACUGCAGACCAAACACAAAAGCAAGUCAUGACUACGAGCGUCUGAAGCUGCAGUGCAUGAAAGCAAUGGCAGACCUGCAAUCCCUGCAGAACCAGCACAGCACCACCCUGAAGAGGUGCGAGGAGGCUGUAAAGAAAGCAGACUUCUACCAUACGCUGCACAGCCGUCUGGGGAGCGAGCAUGGUCAGCUGAAAGAGGAGCUGGAGGUGGUGAGACAGGACAACAUCCAGCUGGUCCGGGAGCACAACCACCUGAAACAGGCCUGCGAGGAGCUGAGGAGGCUGCAUGACGACGACCAGAGAGAGGUGGCUGAAAUGAGGAUGCUACACCAGCAGGUGAUGAGAGAGGGGUCAUCUGAUGUCCUCAACAAGCUUUAUGACACCACUGUGGACAAGUUGGAGGCCAUGAAGAGUGACUACGAGGCUCUGAGGAAGCGCUACAACGAAAAGACGGCCGGUCACAACGCAGACCUGAGUCGUCUGGACCAGGCUGAGGAGGAGAACCACCGGCUGCAGAAACAGCUGGACAUGCUGCUGAAGCAGAGAGAUGCUGCCAUCCACUAUCAGCAGCAGUUCUCCUCGUCAAUAAGAAGGUUUGACAACACGCAGCAAGAACUGGCCAAGGCCGCAUCCCAGAACAAGGAGCUGCAGCGAGAGAUGGAGCGACUGCAGUCAGAGGCGACACGGCUGAAGACCCAGCAGCUCAAGGCGGCAAAAGAAGGCGAGAAAUACAAGGAGGAGCGUGACUCUGUGAUCAACGAGUACCGUCUGAUCAUGAGCGAGCGUGACCAGGUGAUCAAAGAGGUGGACAGGCUUCAGACAGGGCUGGAGAUGGCAGAGGCGAAGCUGAAAAACACUUCCUCAGAGAGACGGGUGGCCAGUGAAGAGCUGGAGGCCCUCCGACAGGAGCUGGCCUCAGCACUGGUGGACAGGGACCGGGCCAUCUGUGAAAAGAACGAGCUGCUGGAGAAAUACUGCCACGAGGUGAAGGACAAGGCCGAGGCCCAGAAAGAGCUGAGCCAGGCCUGCAAGGACAUCGAGGCGGUGCGCGAAGAGAGAGACGUGGCCCGCAAGGAGAGGACCGAGGCCAUCAUCCAGAGGGACCAGCUGCUGCGAGAGUAUUACCAGGCCAGACAGAAACAAGACUCCGUCACCCUGGACAUGGAACGAGCCAACAAGGAGAUCGAGAUGCUUAGGAAGCAGUACGAGGCCAUCUCUCAGGAGCUGAAGGAGGCCGUGCAAGAGGCCGAGGUAGCCAAGUGCCGACGAGACUGGGCCUUUCAGGAGAGGGACAAGAUAGUGGCAGAGAGGGAGAGCAUACGCACGCUAUGUGACAACCUGAGGCGAGAGAGGGACAGAGCUGUGAGUGAUCUGGCAGAUGCUCUAAGGAAUCUGGAUGACACGAGGAAGCAGAAGAACAACGCUGCGCGGGAACUCAAAGAACUAAAAGAAAAGAUGGAGGACCAGUUGGAAACGGAAGCACGGUUUCGUCACCUGAUGGCUCACAGUUCACAUGAUUCAGCCAUCGACACAGACUCAAUGGAGUGGGAGACGGAAGUUGUAGAAUUUGAGAAGGACAGAGACAUGGAUUUGAAAGCACUUGGGUUUGAUAUUGCUGAAGGGGUAAAUGAUCCUUAUUUACCAGGAGAUUGUGGCAUAUUUGUCAGUAAGGUGGAUAAAGGAAGUAUUGCUGAAGGAAGAUUAAGGGUAAACGAUUGGUUGUUGAAAAUUAAUGAUGUGGACCUGACCAAUAAAGAUAGGAAGCAGGUGAUCAAAGCUGUGCUGAGCGGUGAGGGAGUGAUCAAUAUGGUGGUUCGCAGAAGGAAGUCACUAGGAGGACGGAUCAUCACUCCAAUCCAGAUAAACCUGGCUGGACAUAAAGACAGUGGCAUAGGUUUGGAGAGUGGAGUGUUUGUUGCCAUGUUGGCUCCGGGCAGUCCAGCUGCGAGAGACUGCUCUCUUACUAUUGGAGAUAGACUUUUAGCUAUCAAUGGCAUUGCACUCGAUAACACGUCGCUCUCUGAAUGCGAGUCUCUACUGAGGAGCUGCCGUGAUUCUCUCAGCAUCUCCCUCAUGAAGUUCCUCCCACAGAGCUGUUCUGGCCAGAGUUUAUUUGAAGGUUUGAGAGACUCAGAAAAGAUCUCUCGGCUCCAGUCCUGUGAGAUCCACGCCAGGAACUGCAGGAACUCCAAGCACAACUGCUCCACACAAACAGACAUUUGUAGCUGUGACUUGGGCGGCAGAGGGGACGAAGUGUGUCAGGAUACCGGUGACUCUAUGGACUGCAGCAGCAGCAGUUCUCACUGCCACCUCAAGCCUUUUUCCAACAGCUCUCUUCACUCCCGCUCCCUUUCCACCUCCCACAGUCCCUCAGAGCCCCACCCCGACUUCUGCUACAGGAGGCAGGAGCUCCACCAUCGCUCCUUCACCCCCGUCCUCUCCGACUGCAGCUCUCCUCAGACAGCUGUGGACAGAGUGCAGAGCUCAUCGGCGAAGUCUGGUGGAGGCACAUGGCCUAAAGUCAUAGCGGGAGCUGCUGUUUCUGAGUGUGCCCAGCUCUCCAUCUACAAAAAAGCCAAACAGAGGAAGUCCAUCUUUGAUGUGAAUGCUUUCAGGAGACCUGAUGCGUCCCCGAAACUGGACUACAUGUCUCUUUCUCAGAUGCCCAAGCACUCUCCACAGAGCUCAAUAUCUGAAUCCGCUCAGACCCCUCCCACCCCACCAGCCAGGAGUGACUCGUUCAGGUUCAAACAUCGCCAGCAGAACAGCUCGGCAUCAGACUCCACUAUUACCACCGGCACUCCCCCAGCAUCCCCAGCCCAAGCUACAAGCCCGCAGGACGAGGGGAAGGCAGGGAACCAGCUCUAUUACACUGAUGCUCCACCAGGGGAGACCAAGAGCAUCUUCAAGAAACCUUCUGACAUGGAGGGGAUUCGACACAGAGCAGAGGAGCGGCAGAAGAGGAGGUACCGUCCAAAAUCUGCACCGGCACUGCGGCGAAAUGUUACUCCAUUACACAUCCCUGUUCCCAUGCAGGUACAGAGUUUCUCUAAUGACGAGCACUCCCCAGAGCCGAUGGACUUGUUACGCUUCUCUCCCAUGCGAACCAAUCGGUACAGCAUGCCCUUUGCACCCCCCAGCUACAGCAGCAUCACAUCACACCCAGCACAGCGAGGUUUAGCCCCGUGUCCUGCUGUGACGGCAGUGAUGAGGAACCCGGUGUACACCGCCUGGAGCCAUGAGAUCCAGGCCAACAACUGUCCUCCAGCUCCCCGCUCAGGCAUCCACCCACAUUCACACACAAGCCCCCAACAUCAAGGUCACCUCAGCCUGGACCUCAGCCACAAGCGCACUGGGAACUUGACUGAGAAGAGCUGCAGCCAACCACCACAUAGUACCAACUCCCUGCCCUCCAGUGCCAGACUGGGCUCCUCCAGUACUUUACAGUUUAGGGCAGAACGCAUUAAGAUCACUCCAAUUCGUUAUCCGCGCUCCACUGGAUCUGACAGAGGCUCCCUCUCACAUUCAGAAUGUAGCAGCCUGACACCUCCAAUGUCCCCUGUCAACCUGGAGACGUCGUCUUUCACUAGCAGCCAGUCGCAGAGCUCCAUUUCCACCCAGCCCAGGAUAUCAGUCAGCCCUGCUCCAGUUGGUGACAGGCGGAAGGAUGGAUUUGUCUCUUAUAAUACUUCCUCUGUCAGAAUUCCAUUGGCAGCAAAGCCCAAGUUCCUCUCUUUAAGAAGCUUGAGGCCAUACUUGGAGGAGCCACGCAAUGUGACAGUACAGAAAGGAGCAGAACCACUGGGGAUCUCCAUUGUGAGUGGAGAGAACGGGGGUGUAUUUGUGUCCAAAGUGACAGCAGGCAGCAUCGCACACCAAGCUCGUUUAGAGUACGGCGAUCAACUCCUCGAGUUUAAUGGAAUCAACCUUCGCAAUGCCAACGAGCAGCAGGCACGGCUGGUGAUCGGGCAGCAAUGUGACACAGUCACUAUUUUGGCUCAGUAUAAUCCCCACAUGUUUCAGCUGGGCAACCACUCUCGUUCAGGUUCUCGUAUGGAGUCCAUCAGCAACCAGCUGACUCCCCGCGACAGCGGAGCCACCACCCCGGACAAUCACUCCACCGUCGACACACUGAGUGAGCAGGACGAGGGCACCAUGACGCCGCCAUCCAAACAGACGACUCCUGCCACCAGCCCUCAAGACUCCUUCAGGCUUCCUGGUUCCAGCACCCGCCGGGCUGCAGAGCCUCGGCUGGUGAGGCUGAAGAGGAUCCAGGUGGAGCUGGGAGUUCAGGUCUGUGGAGGAAACCUUUACGGCAUCUUUGUUGAGAGUCUGGAUGAUGAUAGCCCUGCUAAGAGUCCUGAUGGCCUGCUGCCUGGAGAUUUGAUACUGGAGUACAAUGGCAUCAGCAUGAAGAACAAAACUAAAGAAGAGGCUUACCUGGAAAUGUUGAAACCAGCUGAAACAAUCACAUUCAAGGUCCAGAACUGUGUGGACAACCUCUCUGCCAUCAAAGAGUCCCGCGGAGAUGGAUUUUUCAUAAGAGCACUUUAUGAAAGGGUGGCAGAGGUAGAGCAGGAACUGAGCUUUAAGAAAGAUGACAUCCUGUAUGUUGAAGAUACGCUACCAAAUGGCAAUUUUGGCUACUGGAUGGCCUGGCAACUCAACGAGAAUGCACAGAAGCUAGAAAAGGGGCAGAUUCCAAGUAAAUACAUGAUGGACCAGGAGUUCUACAGGAGACACGGCAUGGCCGAUAUGAAAGACGAUAACAGCACUAGCAAGACUCUGUCGGCCGCUGCACGGAGAUCCUUUUUCCGCCGGAGGCUGAAGCACAAACGCAGCGGUUCCAAAGACGGGAAGGAUCUGAUGGCUCUGGACCACAUAAGCAUAGAUUCUUUACCCAUCACAGAAGAUGGUGUCAGCCUGAUGUACCAGCGGGUUCAGAGGGUGGAGUGCUCUUUCCCCAGACCGGUGCUGAUCUUGGGUCCAUUAGUGGAGGCCAGUAAGGACAUGUUGGUGAAGGAGGCUCCUGCCCAGUUCUGUCGCUGUCUGCCUGAGAUUAUGAAGGCAUCUCAGCAGGCAAUAGAGCGGGGAGUAAAGGAUUGUGUGUUCAUCGACUACAAACGGAGGAGCGGCCAUUUUGAUGUGACAACUGUAGCAUCAAUAAAAGAGAUCACCGAGAAGGACUGUCACUGUUUACUUGACAUUGCCCCUCAUGCCAUCGAGCGUCUUCACAGCGUUCACAUCUACCCAAUCGUCAUAUUCAUUCGCUACAAAAAUGCCAAGCAGAUAAAAGAGCAGAAGGACCCUUUGUACCUGCGGGAUAAACUCUCACAGAAACAUUCCAAGGAGCAGUAUGAGGUAGCACAGAAAAUAGAGCAGGAGUACAGCCGCUUCUUCACAGGCGUUGUCCAGGGAGGCAGCGUCUCCUAUAUUUGCACUCAGAUCACGACCAUCGUGGAGCAGGAACAAAAUAAAGUACUGUGGAUUCCAGAUGGAGCACCAUAGAAAUUUCACCUCAACUUUCACCGCACGUCACUCCAAAACAUCAAGAGAGGAUAUGAUUUUUUUAUUAUGGGAUACACAGUGAAUCGGUACAGCUAACAGACAUCAUGGUUAACUCCAAUGCUUUUUCACAUACAGCAAUAUCAGCACUGAUGAUGAUGAUCAUGUAAUCUUCCCACUACAAUAGUGAUGUACUGUACUACAGAUAGAUUUGUUUACACUAGUAUUUAAUACUUGAAUGUUUUAUUUUCAGUAGCACUCCUUUUAAUCCCACUUUGUCCAAUGAAUAUGUCGGACCACAGGAAGUCUGCAUCGAUGCAAACUGAAGACUUUAUUCUUAAGAUAGAGUGGACCACUGUGUUCCCUUCUCUAUAUUUAUACGUAUUUUCCUGCCAUUUAAUUUAUCUAAUCAAAUCAAAGAUGUUGGUUAUGAACUUUUGUUAUACAAAUGUAGUUGUCUAGUUAAUAGGAAGGAUGAUAUUUUCCAAAUAAUGUUCUUAUUUAUAGAGAAAUUGGGGCAGAUUUGCUUCCAUUCUUCACAUUAUGUUGCAGUCUUCUGUUCUAGGUUGCUCUCUGAUGGCACUGUUUUUUGUCAUCAUUUCAGUCCUCAAAAAUAAUAUUGUGCCAAGCUAAAAUAUGUUUGCUAAUCACUAUCCAUUGUUGGAUUUAUUAACACUACAACUUCCAUUAUAAAUCACACAGCAGGUAUUUUCUUUUCACCACAGUUUGUCUACUGGUUACUGGUAUUGCCAAUACUGUUCCUCUGUGUCAAGUGGAUUUUUAAGAAGGGAUAUUUUAUUUGUGGUUCACACUUUGCUGUCAACUAAAUGCAUUUACAUGCACCUCUUGGAUUUUCAGUACAUCACAUUGUCAAUAUUUCAUGUUCAAGUUGGAUGAAACACUUUAGGUCUUCUCCUAAUGAAGUUUAAUAUUUCUAUAAAAUAUUAAAAAAAAGAGUAAUGGAA